AUGGCCGGCUUCAUUGUGCUACUGUCUGCCGCUGUUACUCUUGCUGUUCCCGACUUCAUCAUCGCCCGAGACAGCAACAGUCAAGGCUUCGACACCGCCGGCAUUACCACUGGCACAGGUGGCGGUAUCGGCCCCGAGGGCAGCAACAAGUCUCAAGUCGACUUCGUCGUCGAUACCCAGGCCAUUAGCCACGCUAGCUGUGGCCACCUUGGCUUAUCACAGUUCAAAAACAGCCAAAACUAA